CGAGCCGUUAAACCGCCGCGGCCGUUAAACCGUUAAACCGCCGCGAGAUACAAAUGACUCUGCUGUAAACCUGAACCAUAAACUGGACCAUGAGCCUUGCAUUGCAUGAUCUGUUCAUUUGUUGCCGUCAGCUUGAAAAUGACACAGCAACAGCACGAAGGGAUGGAAUUAAAAAAUUCAAGCAGCUGCUCUGUAACUCUGAAAUAGUUUUACAGCUGGACCGGAAUUCUGAUUCCAGACAAGCAAGGCAACUCGACUGGGAUGCAGUGUUUGAAGCCCUACAGAGGUAUUUCCAUAAAGAGAUAAGGAGCCUCACAAUGACAAACCCAAAUGUAUCUGUUUCAACACAAGUUUCCAGACAGAAAAAGAUGCAAGACAUUGGCAGUUUGGUCAAAUACUUCAUCAGGCGUGCUAAUGAAAGAGGACCCAAGCUGAGAUGUCAGGAACUUCUAAAUUACGUCUUGAAAAUCCUGAGAGAUGCAACAAGUUGUGCAGUUUAUGGGGCUGACUGUAGCAGUGUGCUCCUAAAGGAUAUUCUGUCUGUAAGGAAGUACUGGUGUGAGAUAUCUCAGCAGCAGUGGUCAGAGCUGCUGAUCCUGUAUGGCCAAUUAUACCUCCAUCCUUCCGGGAAUAUUAACCGAGUUUUGGCGGCUCGGAUAAUUCACACACUUAUGAGAGGUUAUUGCUUCCAAACUGAUGGCUUGAGUUCUGAUGUGUUUGUCUUCUUUUCCAAAGCAAUGCUGUGUGUGAGGCAGGAGGAAAACACUGCGGGCCUGGAUCAUAUCCUUGCAGCAAUGAAUAUCUUCUGCAAUACCUUUGCUGCCAACUGUCGCAUACGGAUUUGUAAAAUAGGAGAAGAAAUCUUGCCAACAGUGGUUUAUAUUUGGAGUCAGUAUAGACCAAAAGAUUCCCUGAAAGAGUCAAUAAUUGAGUUGUUUCGUCUCCAAGUUCAUAUUCAUCAUCCAAAGGGUGCAAAAUCUCAGGAAAAAGGUGCAUAUGACUCAACAAAAUGGCAAAGUAUUUUAUAUAAUCUCUAUGAUCUGCUGGUGAAUGAAAUAAAUCUCGUAGGUAGUAGAGGAAAGUAUUCGUCAGGCUCACGUAAUGUUGCUGUAAAGGAAAAUUUGGUUGAGUUAAUGGCUGAUGUUUGUCAUCAGGUUUUUGUUCAUGGUUCCGGAGCUGAGGAAAUCAGCCAGUCCUUCAGCAUCUUACCAAGAGAGUGCAGUGAGGGAGCAGUGCCGAGCAAACGCAGGAAGACUGAGCUGGGCUGGGAUGUGAUUCGAGACAACCUGCAAAGAUCCCAGAAGGAUUUUGAUGUCAUACCCUGGUUGCAGAUUACAGCUCAAUUAAUAUCAAAGUAUCCCAUGAGCCUUCCAAACUGUGAAAUACCUCUCUUACUCAAUGUUCUUCACACGUUGCUACCUCAGCAGCGACGAGGAGAAAGGACCCUGUAUGUACUGAAGUGCCUUAUAGAGGUGGCAUUGUGUCAAAACCAAAAGAGUAAUUUGAAAAACGAGCACAGGUUGGAGCUCCAGAGAACCUGGGCAAAGAUUUGGUCUCUUACCAUUCGCAGCAUAAGUUUUCAGCAAAUUGAAAUAGAGAGUUUUGGACUACUUGGAGCCAUGAUUCAAGGAAACUUAGUUGUAACAGAUAAAGAACUCUGGAAGAUAUUUGCAGGGCCUGUAUGCAAGCCUUCAAGUUCUGCCGUGUGCUGCUUAGCGUUAGCGAUGUCUGCCUGUUCAGUGCCAGAAAAUUUAGAUCUAGGAAUGGAACAGAGUAAUGGUGAAAGAAAUCUGGGUUCCAUAUUAAAGGAGGCAAUAAUGAAAUGGGUGCUGUCCUGCCAUUUGGAGGAAGAAAUGGAAGAAUGUGUGGAGUUGCCUCCUGUGCUAUGCAGUGAUUUUCCCCAUCUUUUGCUGCAAAAAAUUCUUGUGAGCCUUACAAUGAAGAACUGUAGAGCUGCAGUUAAUUUUUUCCAGAGUGCUGCUGAAUGUGUGCAACACUUGCAAGUGAAAGAAGAAAACAGUUUUUCUGACGUUGAAGAGCUGUAUCUCCAGACAACAUUUGAUGAGAUGGAUAUUUUCAGUAACUUUGCAGUAAACAGUGGAGAUAAAAAUGUGACUGGUUCAAGACUUGCCAUCAACCAAAAUCUUAGGGAAACAUUGGAGCACUGUCUUACAGUGAUGUCAGAAAAACUUUUAAGUAACUAUACUCCUAAGUCCAAGCUGAUUGCUGCAGAGCACCUUGUCCGAUGUGUUGGUCUUUUGGUGGGUGUUCUUGGCUGCUACUGCUACGCUGGCAUGCUUACUGAGGAGGAUGCCUGUAAAUCAGAGCUGUUCCAGAAAGCUAAGUCUCUCAUUCAUUACGCUGGAGAAAGCAUUUAUUAUGCUAAAAACAAACUAAAUGAGGAUGCCCAAAUCAACUCCCUGAGAACUUUGAUAUUGCAGUACACAAAGUGUUUAUGCAACUGUACCAAGAACACUGCUAGUAGGAUGCUCUCCGACUUAUUUCUACGCUUGUUAACUUCCAAACUUAUGAAUGAUCUCGUAGAUAUUUGCAAACAUCUGAUGACAAUUACUGGGAAACCAAGUGAAGUGAGAGAAGUGGACCGAAUGAAGAGUGAUCCUGAGGAGAGUAUAAUGGAAGUAGAUAAUCAGAUGCUUGGUGAUGUAUUUGAUGGUCCUUCUGUGCCUGAUAUCAGUGAUACAAAUGAAUCUGGUGAGAUGCAAAAUGCCACUGGUGCAGUGAGCCCGUUAGCUGAGGAGCAGCUGACAAAGCAGGACUUGCUGCUCCUUGAAAUCCUGAGGUUCUUAUGCAUUUGUGCAACUACAGUCCAAGUUCAGAAAGUGAGCUUCCGAGCCGCCGACGUGCGGAGGAAGCUUUUAAUGCUAAUGGAUAGAAGCACCUUCAAUAGUGCUAAACCUUUGCACCUGCAUAUGUACUUGGUCCUUUUGAAGGAGCUCCCCAUUGAAGAAAACCUCUUGCCCGAAGAUGAUGUUCUUAUGCUUCUUAGGCCUCUUUCUGAUGUGUGUUCCAUGUACCGUCAAGAUCAAGAAGUUUGUAAAGUAAUUCUAAAUAACUUGCUUCCUGUAGUAGUAGGACUGGCCCAAUCCAACAGUCACAGUGAAGAGAUAGGACAUGCUCAAGGGCAAUUUUUGACAGUUGUUGGAGCCUUUUGGUAUUUAGCUCGAGAAAAGAAAUGCACAGCACCAGUAAGACUGGCCCUUCUAAAAUGCAUGAAAGCCUUGCUUGAAGCUGAUCCUCAUUCAAAGUGGGCUAUUCUUAAUGUAAUAAAUAAAGACAUUCCUGUCAGUGGUGCUUUCCCACAUUUCCUUGCAGAUAGUAACCAUCAAGUUCGCAUUCUUGCUGCAAAGUCCAUCACCAGUUUGUUUCAAGAUCUGAAACAGCGAGAUGCUUCUGGCUUGUUGAUACCUCUUCCUUUGAAGCUCCAGCAAAAGGCUUUUGAGAAUGCGUAUCUCCGAGUUCAGGAAGGAAUGAGAAAUCUGGUCAGUGGUGCAAGUCCUGAAGAUCUUUUGGAUGAGCAGUGUAACAGGAAAGCAGUUUUGUUGAUGCUUAUAGCCAUGAUUCUGUGCUGCAGUCCAAUAUGUGAGAAGCAAGCUUUGUUUGCUAUUUGCCAGUCUAUGAAAGAGAAUGGAUUAGAACCUCACCUUGUGAAAAAGGUUUUGAAGAAAGUAUCUGACAUUUUUGGCUAUAAAAAUGUAGAGGACUUCAUGACAUCACAUUUAGACUAUUUGGUAAUGGAAUGGCUGAAAAUAAAUGACAGUGGAUAUAGCCUGUCUACUUUUCCUUAUGUUCUUCUGAACUGUACAAGUCUUGAGGAAUUCUACAGGUCUUGUUAUAAAGUUUUGGUUCCACAUCUGGUGAUUAGAAGUCAGUUUGGAGAUGUGAAAUCACUUGCCAGCAUGAUUGAAACAGACUGGAAGCAGGUUCUUGCAGACUGUUUUCCAAAGAUACUUGUGAAUAUCCUGCCAUAUUUUGCCUAUGAAAGCCAUGGAAAGAGUGAAAUAGCUGAGCAAAGAGAUACAGCUUCGAAAGUCUACGACAUGCUUAAGGAUGAAAAUUGCCUAGGAAAACAGCAAAUGGACAGUUUAUCUCACAGUAACUUACCAGAGGUUGUGGUUGAGCUGUUGAUGACCUUGCAUGAACCACCUGACACCAACACAGAAGAAGGAGCUCAUCUAAGUAAAUACAUAAGGGAACUGGAUCCUGCUCCUAAUCCUCCUCAUUUUCCAUCUCACAUAAUUAAGGCAACCUUGGACUAUAUCAGCAAUUGUCAUAAAAGCAAAUUAAAAAGUCUCAUAGCAGUUCUUUCUAAAAACCCUGACUCAUUCCAGAAAAUUCUUCUGGCCCUCUGUAAGCAAGCAUCAGAUACAAACAAUGUGUACAAGAAACACAGAGUUCUUAUAAUCUAUCACCUGUUCGUCAGUCUGUUACUGAAAGAGAUAAAAGAUGGUUUGGGAGGAGCGUGGGCUUUUGUCCUCCGAGAUGUAAUUUAUACCCUGAUACACCAUAUCAACAGCAGACCCAGUGUUAUGAGAGAUGUAUCAAUGCGCAGUUUUUCGCUCUGCUGUGAUCUUCUUCAUCAUGUUUGCCACACAGCCAUCACAUGUUGCAAUGAUGCCCUGGAGAGCCACCUUCCUGUUAUUGUAGGGACCCUCAUCCCCCUUGCUGUGGAGCAGCCUGAGAUUCAGGAACAGGUCCUAGGCUUACUGAAGUACCUGGUAAUAGAUAAUAAGGAUAAUGAAAGUCUGUACCAAGCAAUCAAAUGUUUAGAUCCUUUUCCUGAAUAUUCUGCUUUUAAAGAUUUGCGGGCAACUCAACAGAGGAUAAAAUACAGCAAAGGGGCAUAUUCCCUUUUGGAGGAAAUGAAUCACUUUCUCUCAGUCAGUGUCUGUGAUUCACUGCCCUUAACGCGGCUUGAAGGACUCUAUGAUUUGCGCAAACAACUGGAAAAAUAUAAGGAUCAGAUGAAGGAUCUCCUGAAAUACUUCCAGGAAAACCCAGAAGACUCUGCAAUAGUGAAGUUGGUGGUGAGUUUACUGCAGCUCUCCAAGAUGGCAAUCAACCAUACAGGGCAAAAAGCUGUGCUAGAGGCUGUUGGAAGUUGCUUGGGAGAAAUAGGUCCCAUGGAUUUCUCCACCAUAGCUCUUCAGCAUGCUGAAAAUGUCCUGGAUUCCAAGGCAGUGGACCUCCUUGGAGACAGAAAACAUCAGUGGGUCUUCAUAGUGUUAACUCAAAUAAAUACUGCUUUGACAGAUAACUGUAUUGAUGUUAGAGCUGCUGCUGUUUCCUGUUUGAAAAACAUUUUAGCCACUAAGUCUGGCAGUGAAUUUUGGGAGAUGUAUAAAAACAAAGCGGAUCCCAUGUUAAUCUAUCUGCAGCCUUUCAGAAUGUCUAGGAAGAAGGUUUUUGCGGUGCCAACUAACGAUACGGAGCCUCGUUCAGAAACGUUGGAUGACCCAAAUCUGUGGAUUCCCCUGGGAGAAAGUCAUGAGAGCUGGAUCAAGAGGCUGACCAGCUCCAUCCUGGCCAGCGGGGGGGUGCAAAAUGAGGUCCUGCAGUUAAUGAAGCCUCUGUGCGAGGUGAAAACAGACUUGUGUCGAACUUUGCUCCCAUACCUGAUUCAUGACAUCCUUCUUCAAGACCCAAAUGAAUCUUGGCGAAAUCUUUUGUCAGUGCAAAUCCAGAAGUUUUUUACAGCCUGUUGUAAAUUUGCCUCAUCCAGCAGAUCUACUACACCACCAAACUCCAGCUCAGAGCAAGAAAGCCAUCCUUUCAGAAGCUUGGAUAAAGUCUCUCGACGAACCAUGCUUGCAGUUGUUGAUUACUUAAGAAGACAAAAGAGGUCUGUUUCAGGCACAGUUUUUGAGGACAGCUUCUGGCUCGAUCUGAAUUACCUCGAGGUUGCCGCAGCAGCCCAGUCCUGCGCCGCCCACUUCACCGCCCUGCUCUAUGCUGAGAUCUAUGCAGACAAGAUCAACAGAGACAAAGAGCAGCAAAGGUCUUCUUUCAAAGUGGCUAGAAGUUUGACAUUUGAGGAAGAAAGCCAAAAAUCAACUAUUACUAUUCUGAAUGAAAAAAGUAAAGAAGAAACUGGCAUAAGCUUACAGGACCUUCUCAUGGACAUAUACAGAAGCAUAGGAGAACCUGACAGCCUCUAUGGCUGUGGUGGAGGAAGAAUGUUACAGCCAUUAGCACGGAUAAGAACGUAUGAGCAUGAAGCAGUAUGGGGAAAAGCCCUGGUAACAUAUGACCUGGAGACAAGCCUCUCUCCAUCUACUCGCCAGGCAGGGAUAAUAGAGGCUUUGCAGAAUUUUGGGCUUUGCAAUACCCUUUCCACAUAUCUAAAAGGACUGGAACAUGAAAACACUGAGUGGAGCACAGAGCUCCAGGAAAUACACUUCCAGGCAGCAUGGAGGAACAUGCAGUGGGGCCACAUCUCUCCAGCCAAAAGUGAAACAGGAGGACCAGGGUACCACGAAUCAUUGUACGAUGCUCUUCAGUCUUUACGAGAUAAGGAAUUUGCUGCUUUCUAUGACAUUCUUAAAGAUGCCAGAGUGAAGGAAGUAGAAGAACUGUGCAAAGGCAGCCUCGAAUCUGUGUAUUCGUUAUAUCCAACUCUUUGCAGACUACAGAUAAUUGGAGAGUUGGAAAAUACAGGACAGCUGUUCUCCAGAUCCGUCACCGCGCAGCAGCUGAAGGACACGUAUGUGAAGUGGCAGAGGCAGUCGCUGCUUCUCAAGGACAGCGACUUCCGCUUCCAGGAGCCCGUCAUGGCUCUGCGCUCGGUCGUGCUCGAGAUCUUGCUCGAGAAGGAGAGUGAAAAUACGAAGAGAGAAUGCAUUAAGGACAUCCUCACAAGUCAUCUAGUGGAGCUCUCUAAAUUGGCAAGAACUGCUAAAAAUACACAGCUUCCAGAGAGAGCUAUGUUUCAGAUCAAACAGUGCAAUCCUUCAGGCUAUGGGGUUUCUAAGUGGCAGCUUGAAGAGGCUGAAGUUUUCUGGGCUAAAAAGGAAGAGAGUCUUGCACUGAAUAUCCUUAAAGGGAUGAUAAAGAAAUUAGAUGCAGAUUGGUUUCAGGUUGAGAAUGAUCCUCAUCUGAAACUGAUGUAUACAGAGUGUCUGAGGUUGUGUGGGACCUGGUUAGCAGAGACGUGCUUGGAAAACCCUACGGUCAUCAUGCAGAAAUACUUAGAAAAGGCUGUGGAAAUUGCUACGAGCUGCAGUGGAGAGGACAGCGAGGAGCUGAAGAAAGGAAGGACCAGGGCUUUUCUCUCCUUGGCUCGCUUCUCGGAUAACCAGUACCAACGAAUCGAGAACUACAUGAAGUCCUCGGAGUUUGAGAACAAGCAGGCGCUGCUGAAGAAGGCCAAGGAGGAGGUUGGGCUCCUCAGGGAGCGCAGAGUCGAGACCAACAGAUACACAGUGAAAGUUCAACGAGAACUUGAGUUGGAUGAGUGUGCCAUCCAUGCCCUAGCUGAGGAUCGGAAACGUUUCCUGUGCAAAGCUGUGGAGAACUAUAUCAGCUGCUUGCUGAGUGGAGAAGAGCAUGACAUGUGGAUAUUCCGCCUGUGUUCCCUGUGGCUCGAAAAUUCGGGAGUUGACAGAGUCAAUGAAAUGAUGAAGAAAAAUGCCGAGAAGAUUCCUUCCUACAAGUUCUUGCCUCUGAUGUAUCAGCUGGCUGCUCGGAUGGGAACCAAGAAGAUGGGUGGCCUGGGAUUUCGUGAAGUUCUGAACAGUCUGAUAUCUAGAAUUUCACUGGAUCAUCCCCAUCAUACUUUGUUUAUAAUACUGGCUUUGGCAAAUGCUAACAAGGAUGAACUCCUGACAAAACAACAAUCAAUAAGAAGAAAUAAAUUAAUUAAAAAUGCACCAAAAGAAAUCUCCCAGCUUGAUGUGGACAGAAUGGAGGCGGCCAGCAGUAUCAUCAACGUGAUCCGAAGGAGGAGCCCUCGUAUGGUCAGAGACGUGGAGGCCCUUUGCGAUGCUUACAUCACACUAGCAAACUUAGAUGCUACUCCAUGGAAAGCUCAAAGAAAAGGGAUAAGUAUUCCAGCGGACCAGCCCAUUAUUAAACUGAAGAACUUGGAGGAUGUUGUUGUUCCCACCAUGGAAAUAAAGGUGGAUCCCAUGGGAGUUUAUGAAAAUAUAGUGACCAUAAGGUCUUUUAAGCCAGAAUUUCGCUUAGCAGGAGGGAUGAAUCUGCCUAAAAUAAUCGACUGUGUGGGAUCGGACGGCAAAGAGAGGAGGCAGCUGGUGAAGGGACGUGAUGACCUGCGACAAGAUGCUGUCAUGCAGCAGGUUUUCCAGAUGUGCAAUAUGCUGCUCCAGGAAAAUACUGAGACACGGAAGAGAAAAUUGACCAUUCGGAGAUACAAGGUGGUUCCCUUAUCCCAGAGGAGCGGCGUCCUCGAGUGGUGCUCGGGCACGAUGCCCAUCGGGGAGUUCCUGGUGAACGGCGAGGCGGGCGCCCACAGGAGGUACCGGCCCAAGGAUUUCUCCAGCUACGACUGUCAGAAGCUCAUGAUGGAGGCCCAAAAGAAACAUUCUGACGAGAAAUAUAGUAUCUUCAUGAAAGCCUGCGAGAAUUUUCAGCCUGUGUUCCGUUAUUUCUGCAUGGAGAAGUUCCUGGAUCCGGCGGUGUGGUUUGAGAAGCGGCUGGCCUACACCCGCAGCGUGGCUACCUCCUCCAUAGUUGGCUAUAUACUUGGACUUGGAGACAGACACGUUCAGAAUAUUCUGAUAGAUGAACAAACUGCCGAACUAGUGCAUAUAGAUCUGGGGGUGGCUUUUGAGCAAGGCAAAAUCCUUCCCACACCAGAGACGGUUCCAUUCCGAUUAACGAGGGAUAUUGUGGAUGGAAUGGGUAUCACUGGCGUGGAAGGCGUCUUCAGGAGAUGCUGUGAGAAGACAAUGGAUGUGAUGAGGAAUUCACAGGAAGCUCUGCUGACCAUCGUAGAGGUGCUGCUCUACGAUCCUCUCUUUGACUGGACCAUGAACCCUCUGAAAGCUCUGUACCUGCAGCAGAGAACGGAGGACGAGGCCGACAUGAGCUCCACGCUUGGCACGGAUCCCCAGGAAUGUAACAGGAAAGCCAGCAGCGAUACCCAGAGCUUUAACAAAGUGGCCGAGCGUGUCCUGAUGAGGCUUCAGGAGAAGCUGAAAGGUGUCGAGGAGGGCACAGUGCUCAGCGUGGGAGGGCAGGUGAACCUCCUCAUUCAGCAGGCCAUGGACCCUAAAAACCUGAGCCAGCUUUUUCCUGGAUGGAAACCCUGGGUGUAACUGGGAAGGAUCAAAUCGGGUUUUUAUAAGAAACUUGUUUUUAAGCAGUAAGUGCUGUAACAUUUCAGAUUGUUACUUCCUCGUGAAAACAUUUCAUCAUCAGCAGCUAUGAAGGUUUAUAUGGAUUACUGUUAGGUGAAUUUUCUUUCCAAGAGCUUGUCACGAAGUGUCCGGUUGUGCUCACCGUGCAGGGCACCAAGCACUGCUCUGAUGUUCCCUGUGACCCGCACGGCUGGUGCCUUUCCCUGGGCCAGGUGGGUCCAUCACAUCCCGGGGCCCUUGAUCCGCCUUCUGUCUGGCUCCCCGAGAGCUGCAGUCUCCUAACGAGCUCGGUGGGACAACCUGCGUGUGGAGAAUGGGUGGUCUGGAACCUCCAAGGCAUGAAAUAACCAGCCAAAGAGCAUUUCAAAAGUGUGUGUGUGUGCGUGGGGUGGGGAGGGGAGUACCUUAAAGAUAAUGAUACUUACCAAAGGUAUAAGAGAACAGCAGAGUUAUCUUGCCGUUAAUGAACUGUUCAUGCUGUACUUGAAAUUCAGCAUUCCAGAUCUGCACGGCUAAAGCAAAUAUAUGUUUCUAUAUCUGGAAUAAAUACCUGUCAGAAACAAUGGACCUGUAUUUUGAAUACAAUUUGCUUUCCAGUUACAUAGCUUUACAGAAGACAUUGCCCCUUAUGAAAAAGCCUGGUGUAAUUGGAUAGUCACUGAAUACAGGUAAUAGGAGAAUCUGCUGAAAUAGUCUGUUACCCAAGUAAAUUCUGCCAAAUCAUUCUUACAUUUACCCGCAUGCUGCAGUAUUAUCCUAGUUAACCCUCUGUGCAUUUUUACAGUGGUGUAAAUGAUUUCAUUGAUUUGUAUUUGUACAGUCAAUUUCCAUUUUUUUGCGCUGAACCUUUUGCUUUGUAUGUUAAUGUCAACAUAGCAAGAUGAAUUUUUUGUAUUUUCAUGAAGCUGCCAUAAAUUUCUGGGCCCUUGGACUCUCAUGUGCCUCUCGAGAGGCUCUCUGCAGAGCUGCCUUCCUGUGUGACCCUUAGGAAAGGCAGGAGUGACAAACAAGACUCCACAGAAAGUACCUUAGAGUUCUUGUUUUUAAACAGUAACUCCCAAAGGCUGCUAAUUAUUUUUGUUCCAGUAAUUCCUCCAUUUCAGAAGUCAGAAUUACAUUUUUCAAGGUAUUCACUUUGGUAUCUUUUGGACUCGCACAUCAGUUUUCUGUGUGUCUGACCAGGAAAGAGGGGCCUGGGUGCUGCUCUACUCUGGACAGUGGUUUUGUUGCCAGUGCUGCUGCUGAAGACAACGGGGGUCAGGAGAGAGACGCUGCAGAUCUGAGAGCCAGACCUGCGUUUACUGUAAUUACUGAGAUUCCAGUCUUGGAAUGUUCCAUAGUAAUCUCAAAAAUCUACAUUUAGAAAAGAGCAUUUCUAAGAAAAAUGAGCUUGUGACACAAUACAAAGCUGAAGGGUUUUUAUAUGGUGGGGUUUUUUUUUCCAGAAAUAUCUUUAUGAGAAAUUAUUUAUUUCUGGUCUGAAACCUUUCUGGGUUCUUGCAGGUAAAAACGCUAGAAAACCCUUUUGCCAAUAACUGCAUUGAUUAGGUCACUGCUCUGUGUUACUGUGAAACUGUUAAUAUGAGAUGCAUUUACUACUACUGCUAUUUUUUGAAUGUGCUAAGAUGUUAAACUUCAUCUCUUUGGAGCACAGUGCCCUGUUACACAUUCUGUGUUAGCCCUUAAGACAAACCUGUGUGA